AAUCCAGUCACCGUUGUAUUCAAGAACGGACAACGUGGUGACGAUGAAGGCAGUGGUGCAGCAAGCGUCACAGUCAGUGGUGAGCAUCAACGCCGUGUUUGCAGUCAGCAUUCUCGCCGUCUUCGCCACACUCAUCCUCAGUCCUUCGUUGCUUCUGGUCGUGAUUGGGACCACUUCCGUGGCUGAAAUCAGCCGUUUUCUUUCAUCGCACAGCCGUUCCGGCGAUACUGUGGCUGUGUUUGCCAAGUUCGUGUGCAUCUGGCCCCUGGGCAUGGGCUCUGUGGUCGCUUUCGGGCAGCUCUCGCCCGAGACACAAGCGUCGAAUCUGGCUUGGUUCUCGAUCUAUAUCAAUGCCGCGGUGGUGGGUAACAUCGCCAUGAUGGGGUUUGUGUCCGCCGGGAGCACCCUUCGAGGCGUGACCCAUCGCGUGGCAUGCAUUAGCCUUGUGCUUUGGCUCUUGCGUGAAAUGCAAAGCGUACACUGGGCAACUGUGUCGUACCAAGAUGGUUACUUCCUCUUCAAUGCAUCGCCCUUGUCGUGGGUCCUAGCGCACGCCUGCUACAGACUUGUGAUGAUGACCCUGCCUCCGUUUGACACGCUACGAUACCUCGUCCUCGAACCCGCAAGUUUGGGACUCAUGGCUGGACUGGCCACCGCAAAUGGCGCGUCUGCCAGCCUCUGGUUUGGUCAAGCAGACACCCUCGUUGCCUCGACUGUGUGCUGGACAAGUGCAGCACUGGGUUGGGUCCUCCCGACGCCGAAAUACCUGACGAUGCGAUUGCCAGAAUCCCAAGCAUUGGAUGUUGGGUGUGCCCUCGUGCAUGUUGUCAUAGUAGUCGUCGCGACCUUUCACUUGUUCUUCAUGAAUCCUGAGUCCACAAUAUCCACGCUGGUACCGUAUCGAGAAUAAUAUGGACGCAAUAUUGAGAUUAUUUCGAAUUCUCCGGAG